UAACCACGUCACGUCAGGUCACCACGCAGAGGCUCAUUUGCAAACAGCGCGGGAAGCGGCAGCAGGAGGACGCAGGCAGAACCGGUGGAGCAGGUCGUGAAGAGGAUGAAGGUUUAUUUCUGCGGGAGUAUCCGCGGCGGGAGAGAUGACGUGGCGCUGUACCGGAGGAUCGUGGAGAAGCUGCAGAGCUACGGGACCGUGCUAACCGAGCACGUGAGCAGCACAGAGCUCAGCGACAGAGGUGAGGACGCCUCAGCAGCCGGAGACAAGUUUAUUCAUGACCGAGACGUGGACUGGCUCCGACAGUCUGACGUGGUGGUGGCAGAGGUCACGCAGCCGUCUCUGGGUGUUGGUUAUGAACUCGGCCGAGUCGUUGACAUGAAGAAAAAAACCUUGUGCAUGUUCAGGCCGUUGUCAGGACGCGUUCUGUCGGCAAUGAUUCGGGGAGCAGAUGACGGCGAGCGGUUCGUGGUGAGAGAUUACAGCGAGGACGAGGUGGAGAACGUUCUGGAAGAGUUCUUCAACACACUAAAGAGAUCCUAAAGAUGCUGGAGAACAUAAAACCUCUGUAAAUGAAGUCAGACUGAGACUAUGUUCAUGACUGAACGACUCAAUAAAGUUGAC